GAUGGAACUCUCCUUAUUGCUGGCCUGUGGCGAUCCAUAGAGAAGAAUCAGCACACUUUGACCCGCGUCACUAACGACACAUGGCUCUCAUACUCGUAACCGUGAACGAGGUAACCGGGGUUCAUGCUGCAAACGGCCUUCUUUGCCGACAGGAUAUGGAAAUGAUGGCCGUUGUGGCAGACUUCACUUAAGUAGCGACGCAGGCACUUCCCUCCGCUUCGUUUCACCCCGUCCCUUACCUUUCCAACCUCUUCUUCACUUUCGUUACACACGCGCUCCCUCAACAUGGCUGCCAACACCGUGGCUGGCUACCAGGCUGAGCCGUCCAGCGAGAAGCACAUCGCGACUGGCGAGGACGUUGCUCCCGAUGUCUCCCCUCAUGGAUCCGACCCGGAAAAGUUCAACGAUCCGCACAUGCGACAGCUAGCAAGCGAGAUCUCAUAUGCUGAUGAGGAAGAUCCGGUCAAUAGGCAACACAAUCCCUUGGCUCAGAAGCUCCGGUCGCGCCAUAUGCAAAUGAUAGCAAUCGGCGGCUCUAUCGGUGCAGGUCUUUUUGUCGGCUCUGGUGGCGCCUUACACACUGGCGGUCCGGCAAGCGUCCUACUCGGUUUCAUCAUCGUUGGUUUCAUGUUGCUGUGUACUAUGCAAGCUCUCGGCGAGCUUACAGUGCUAUAUCCAGUGAACGGCGCUUUCUACACAUACAUAGUCCGAUUUGUCGAUCCAUCUUGGGGUUUUGCUGUCGGUUGGGAUUACGCAAUCGGCUGGCUGACAGUCCUACCUUUCGAACUCACGGCUGCUUCCAUCACCAUUCAGUAUUGGCGCGACGACAUUCACGUCAGUGUGUGGAUCACGAUAUUCUUGGUCUUCCUGUGCGGUAUCCAGAUCUUUGGAGUCCGCGGAUAUGGUGAGGUGGAAUUUGUCCUGGCCCUGAUCAAGAUCAUCGCUUGCACUGGGUUCAUCAUUUUCGGCAUCGUUGUCGACUGUGGUGGCGUCCCAUCGGACAACCGUGGCUACAUUGGCGCUCACUACUGGCACGAUCCAGGUGCAUUUCGGAACGGCUUCAAGGGUUUCUGCAGUGUCUUCGUCACAGCAGCAUUCGCCUUCGGCGGGACAGAAUUGGUCGGUCUUGCUGCAGCUGAGGCGGCUGAUCCCCAGAGAUCGCUGCCCAAGGCCACUCGGCAGGUGUUUUGGCGGAUUGCGACCUUCUACGUCCUGUCUCUGUUCAUUGUUGGACUGAUUGUGCCGUCUGACAGCCAGGAUCUCCUGGGGGCCAGCGGCGCCAAUACGAAAGCGUCACCGUUUGUGCUCGCCAUCAAAUAUGCGGGCGUCAAGGGCUUACCGUCUGUCAUGAACGCUGUCAUCACCAUCUCAGUCAUCAGCGUUGCCAACAGCUGCACAUACGGAUCUUCGAGAACCAUGCAAGCACUUGCGGCCAGAGGUAUGGGACCUAGGUUCUUGAUGUACGUGGACAAGAAGGGACGCCCGGUUUGGUGCAUUGUGAUUCAGCUACUAUUCGGCUGUCUUGCUUAUAUCGGUGAGGCGAAUGCUUCUGGCACCAUUUUCACAUGGUUGCUUGCGUUGUCCGGAUUGAGUUUCUUCUUCCUGUGGUUCAGCAUCAAUCUUGCACACGUCCGCUUCCGACAUGGUUGGUACGCGCACGGUUUCACCAAAGAACAACUCCCGUACAGAGCUGCAUUCGGAAUCACUGGAAGCUAUAUAGGCGUUGCGCUCAAUGCACUCGCCAUGAUUGCCACGUUCUACACGUCUUUGUUCCCCCUGGGUUCAAGUCCUGACGCACAAACGUUCUUCGAAAACUACCUGGCGGCUCCCAUUGUCCUGGCGUUGUACCUUUUCUGGAAGAUUUGGUCGAGAGAUUGGAAGAUGUGGGUCAAAGCAGAAGACAUGAAUGUCACAGUCGGUAUCAGAAGAGGCAGUCUCGAAAUGGCGGCCGAGAAAGGAAGAAGCGGGUGGAUGAAAGCUCUUCGAGUGUUCAUCUAGACCUGGGUGCAUAGUCCAGGCAAGAUACUUUGUCGGACCAAGCUUUGGCUCUGCGCUCCGACAAUCUGGCAAGGCUAUGGGCGAGGCUUGUAAACGCCAUAGUGGACCUACAGUAUCAACGCCAAGAAAUAGGUAUACUGGUGUUUACUGGGCUAGCGCAGCACUUCAAUACGUUACCAAUGCAUGAACUGGCU